AUGUCUGAUGCUAACAUCAGUGGUACGAUCCCAAAUUGGUUGAGCGACAUAACAUUGUUUAUGACAACCCUGGAUCUCUCUGGCAACCAAUUAGUCGGUGCUAUUAACGUUUUGUGCUAUGCUCAAAGUUUGAGCGCUAUCAAUCUAUCCAAGAAUUUGUUAUCCGGGAGAAUCCCAUCAUGCUUGAGUAACUUGGAAGAAUUGUUAGCAUUAAAUCUGGCUGAUAAUAGUCUUGAAGCUGAUAUCCCAAGUUCUUUAGGUGAUUUGACACUAAGCUCGUUGCAUUUGCAAAAGAAUAAGUUACAAGGAAAGCUCCCUUUGGCUUCGCAAAAUUUGACAUGGUUAUCUAGACUAGACUUGGGAGAAAACAAAUUGAAGGACGCUUUUCCUGCAUGGAUUGGUGAAAAGCUGCAGAGAUUGGAACUCUUGAGGCUAAAUUCGAAUCAAUUCUACGGCACUAUCCCCGUAGAAUUAUGUCAGAUUGAUUCUCUAUGUUGGUUAAAUCUUGCUGGAAAUAACUUGGAUGGAAGUAUUCCUCUUUGUUUCGAUAACUUUUCUUGCAUGAGUUCUGGUUCAAUGUCUGUUGUUCCUGAUGCUUUUGGAGAGAGAGUUGAAGGCUUUAUGAAAGGUAUACCUCUUGAGUAUGUUGGUGAACAAAUUGAGCUGUUUAGAAUUUUUGAGCUGCUUAGAAUUUUGGAUCUCUCUGAAAAUAACCUUGUAGGAGGCAUCCCUCAAGAGCUAACAAAAUUGAUAGGCUUGCAAAGUUUGAAUUUGUCUAGAAAUAAUCUCAAUGGGAGCAUACCAAAGAAGCUAGGUGAUUUAAAGGAAUUGGAGUCACUUGAUUUGUGUCAUAAUAAGCUUUCUGGUUCAAUUCCUCAAAGUUUGGCUUCUUUGAAUUUUUUGAGCUACAUGAACUUGUCUUACAACAAUUUAUCCGGUCCGAUUCCAACUGGAAAUCAACUCCAAACUCUGGAUGAUCAAUCAUUUUAUGUUGGUAAUCCUGGCCUUUGUGGAAACUUGAUCCAGAAAAGUUGCAAUGACAAUGGAUCAUCUCAUGUAAAUGAACAAACUCCUCAAGGUGAUCAAGGCGGUGAUGAAUAUACUUCUUAUCAGUUAUGGUUCUAUGCUGGAACUGGACCUGGUUUCUGUGUUGGCUUCUUGGGUGUCCUCUUCAUCUUAUACAAGUCAAGAAGUCAUGGCCUGUCAUGCAUUUUCAAACGCUUGGCCCGACGUCUGUGA